AUGGCAGCUACCCAGGAGCUCUGUGACAUCUGUGAACAACGGCAUGUUACCAAAUCGUCCUCUUUCUUGUGUCCCGAGUGUGAACAAGCAUUUUGUAAUGAUUGUAACGCUUACCACGGAUUUUUAAAGUUGUCUAAACAUCACGUGACUGUAUCGAUUCAGGACCAUUCGGCGCUGUCUUCAUCUAUUUCACAAAUCAGUAAUACGUGCAUGGACCACAAUGAACAAUACCAAUUGGUUUGCCAAGCUCACGAUGAACUUCUCUGUCUUACAUGUAUUGAGAAACAUGAUGGAUGCAAAGGUAUUAUAACAAUUAGUAAGGUUAUAGAAAACGUUAAAAAGUCAUCACUUUUCCAAGAAACACAACAAAGUUUGAACGGUAUUAAUAGAAACAUAGAAAUGCUACAAAAAGAAUUAAAGAAACAAAAAGGAAGUAUUCAGCAUCAAGAAGAUACAAUACUGUCCCAGAUCAGCGAUACAAGGAACAAGAUUAAUGAUCACUUACAUAAAUUGGAAGAGAAGAUCAGAAAUGAAGUCUAUGACAUUACAGAAAAAUUAUAUAAUGAUAUGAACCAAACUCUACAGAUACUAGAAAAUAAAAAUGUUAACACAAACGAUGCUGAACAACCAUUAAAAGAUAUGGAAAGGAAUGCAACCGACGUUCAAACGUAUCUUGGAUUGCGGAAGAUCUCGUCAGAAGCAACAAUUACUGAGUCGUCCCUGCAGUCGAUCAUUAGAGAUCAUAGCUUGGAUAAAAAUACUUUGCUUCUGCAAAUUGAUGACAAAAUAAGCAACAUUAUCAAUAAUAUUAAAACAUUUGGACCAGUACAGGUACAGACAACUCCUUGUCAAAUUUCUCUCGUCAGGCAUAAAAAUAAACAAGCUCAAAUAGUGGAGGUAAAGAUGAAAAUAUCAAUUGCUGAUAUCAAAUUAAAGCUAACCAAAACCAUUAAAACAGGAGUUUCAAGAAUGAAAGGAAUAGUUUCUCUACCAAGCGGAAACAUCGCUUUGAGUGAAUAUACUAACUCUCGCGGGGAAGUAAUGAUCUUUGAUUCUGACGGCGUUAAACUUAGUAAAGUCAUAGUUGAAGAUGCCAAAUCAUUUGAUAUAACAUACAUAGAUGACAGAACGUUAGCUGCAACAUCACCUUUGCAAACACACAAAGGCGUCUGUAUUAUCGAUAUUAAGGAAAAGAAAAUAUCGAAGUUUAUUCGAACAAACUAUCAGUGCUAUGGAAUAAAACACCACGAUGGGUCAUUGUUCGUUUGUGCAAUGAGUUAG